AUGGCAGAUCUUUUUGCAAUGCCAGCUACGCCAGAGACCCAUGCCGGCGAAGUAACCUCAUGGAUUCCGCUCAUAAGUACCUUCACGCCAUUGUCUGGCUGCGAAUCCGUCUUCAGACUCAACGGACCUAAUCUGAUAGCGUUCGAUCCAGGCUACGGUCUCGACAUCGAUGAGAACGUUGACUGCGUACCUUCCGCGGUGACAACGUGGUGGGAGCAGGCACGACUGGGUGUCGGCGGCGAGAAGCAUACAGCACUGAGCAUUCAGCCUCUAAUAUGCCCGGAUCUGUGGACGACUGUCCUGGCCUACGUGACGGAUACCUCUACAAUCCAGAUUAUGUGCUGUCCCUCCUACUCCAACCCGUUCCACAAAAGCGGCCCCGUCAACGGUGAUUGCGUCUCCAGCGUCUCCAAAAGGAUGGUCUUGACGUACACAUCUACACCUUACGGCUCUUCCAACGACUGGACCAUUGAAACAACGACGGCAGCUUGA